AUGGAUCUCACGCGGCAGCUCCAAAUCAUCUCGCAGAAUGCGGACAUCCACAUCAGCAACGCCUACGUUGCCCUCAUCACCGCGAAUGCGAUUCGAGACAUGCCUUCUCAGCUUCACGACACCAUCAAGAGUCACCUUCACGGCAAGCAGAAGAUGUGGUUCCUGAAUUACAAGAGCCGAAAAGACAGCAUCAUGAGCUUGAUAUACAAUCUAGUGACGCAGCAAGAUGCUGUCGACAACUUCCAGAUCGCGGCGGCUAUGAAGCAGGACAGCAUCAGUAUGAAUUCUAUCUCCGCGCUCACCAUCGCGUUUCAGCCUGGGACUUUUACUGCGGUAAGCAUUGCACACCUUCCAUCGACUUCUCUAAUCCCCGAUUUUGAACGGCUUCAUCAAAGUCGACACUAUGCUGAAGACACCCACAAUCUACAGAGCGUCAUCGGUGGCGCCAUUCUAGAGGCCGACUCAGGAACCUGA